UGCCGGCGCGCGGGGGAGCCGCAGCGCUGGGGCGCGUCCUGGGGCUGAAGUCGCGGCCCGAGAGCGGAGCCAGCCCCUCCCCUGCACAGAGCUGCCCGGCGGGGCCGUCCCGGCCGGCAAUACCGCAGGCGUCCGGGCCAGCAACUUGGAGAAACGCGGGAGUGAUGGUGGCGGCGGCGCGCGAGCCAGAGCCUCCCGCCCGGUCGCGGGUGCUCUGAAUCUGGGCUCCGCGCCCGGCAUGCGGCUACGUUCCCCGGCCCUCGGCCCCUGCGCUUCGGCCCUGCCGCACGGGCGCCCCCACCAUGCCGCGGGCUCCCGCGCCCCUCUACGCCUGCCUCCUCGGGCUCUGCACGCUCCUGCCCAGGCUCCCAGGUCUCAAUAUAUGCACUAGUGGAAGUGCCACCUCGUGUGAAGAGUGUCUGCUCAUCCACCCAAAAUGUGCCUGGUGUUCCAAAGAGGACUUUGGCAGCCCAGGGUCCGUCACGUCCCGCUGUGACUUCAGUGCAAACCUCGUCAGGAACGGCUGUGCAGGCGAGUUCGAGAGCCCGGCCAGCAGCACCCGUAUCCUGCGGAGCCUGCCUCUCAGCAGCAAGGGCUCCAGCUCUGCGGGCUCAGACGUUAUUCAGAUGACGCCGCAGGAGAUUGCAGUGAACCUCCGGCCCGGUGACAGGACAGCCUUCCAGCUGCAGGUUCGUCAGGUGGAGGAUUAUCCCGUGGACUUGUACUACCUGAUGGACCUCUCCCUGUCCAUGAAGGAUGACUUGGACAACAUCCGAAACCUGGGCACCAAGCUUGCUGAGGAGAUGAGGAAGCUCACCAGCAAUUUCCGAUUGGGGUUUGGGUCUUUUGUGGACAAGAACGUCUCCCCUUUCUCCUACACGGCGCCGAGGUACCAGAAUAAUCCAUGUAUUGGUUACAAGUUAUUUCCAAACUGCGUCCCAUCCUUUGGGUUCCGCCACCUGCUGUCUCUCACAGACAGAGUUGACAGCUUCAACGAAGAAGUUCGGAAACAGAGGGUGUCCCGGAACCGAGACGCCCCUGAGGGGGGCUUUGAUGCGGUGCUCCAGGCAGCUGUCUGCAAGGAGAAGAUCGGAUGGCGAAAGGAUGCGCUACACUUGCUGGUGUUCACAACGGACGAUGUGCCCCACAUCGCACUGGAUGGAAAACUGGGAGGCCUGGUGCAGCCGCACGAUGGCCAGUGCCACCUGAAUGAGGCCAACGAGUACACUGCAUCCAACCAGAUGGACUAUCCAUCCCUUGCCUUGCUUGGAGAGAAACUGGCAGAGAACAACAUCAACCUCAUCUUUGCAGUGACAAAAAACCAUUAUGUGCUCUAUAAGAAUUUUACAGCACUGAUACCUGGAACAACGGUGGAGAUUUUACAUGGAGACUCCAAAAAUAUCAUCCAACUGAUCAUCAAUGCGUACAAUAGUAUUCGGUCUAAAGUGGAGCUCUCAGUCUGGGAUCAGCCUGAGGAUCUGAACCUCUUCUUCACGGCUACCUGCCAAGAUGGUGUAUCCUACCCUGGUCAAAGGAAGUGUGAGGGCCUUAAAAUCGGGGACACGGUGUCCUUCGAGGUGUCGGCGGAGGCCCGGAGCUGCCCCGGUAGAGACAGGGAGCACGUGUUCGCCCUGCGGCCGGUGGGCUUCCGGGACAGCCUGGAGGUGGGCGUCUCCUACCAGUGCUCUUGUGGCUGCAGCGCCGCGGUCGAACAGGACAGUGCCAGAUGCAGCGGGAAUGGGACUUACGUCUGUGGCCUGUGUGAAUGCAACCCCGGCUCCCUGGGCACCAGGUGCGAGUGCCAGGAAGGGGAGAACCAGAGUGGGUACCAGAACCUGUGCCUGGAGGCGGAGGGCAAGCCCCUAUGCAGUGGGCGGGGCGAAUGCAACUGCAACCAGUGCUCCUGCUUCGAGAGUGAGUUCGGGAAGAUCUACGGGCCUUUCUGCGAGUGCGACAACUUCUCGUGUGCCAGGAACAAGGGGGUCCUCUGCUCAGGCCAUGGCGAGUGUCACUGCGGAGAGUGCAAAUGUCACGCAGGUUACAUCGGGGACAACUGUAACUGCUCAACGGACAUCAGUACGUGCCUGGCCAAGAAUGGCCAAGUCUGCAGUGACCGCGGGCACUGCGUCUGCGGGCAGUGCCAGUGCACAGAGCCAGGAGCCUUCGGGGAGACAUGCGAGAAGUGCCCAACCUGCCCUGAUUCUUGCAGUGCCAAGAGAGAUUGUGUCGAGUGCUUGCUGCUUCACCCAGGGAAAUCAGCUGUCAACCAGACAUGCCAAAACUAUUGCAAGGACGAGGUGGUCACCUGGGUAGACACCCUUGUGAGUGAUGACCAGGAGGCUGUGCUUUGUUUCUACAAAACUGCCAAGGAUUGUGUCAUGAUGUUCACCUAUGCCGAGCUCCCCAGCGGAAAGUCCAACAUGACGGUCCUCAGGGAGCCAGAGUGUGGCUCUGCCCCCAAUGCCAUGACCAUCCUCCUGGCUGUGGUUGGCAGUAUCCUCCUAAUUGGGAUUGCCCUCCUAGCCAUCUGGAAGCUUCUCGUCACCAUCCACGACCGAAGAGAAUUUGCAAAGUUUCAGAGUGAACGAUCCAGGGCCCGCUAUGAAAUGGCUUCAAACCCUCUGUAUAGAAAGCCCAUCUCCACGCACACCGUGGAUUUCACCUUCAACAAGUUCAACAAAUCCUACAAUGGCACCGUGGACUGACAUCUUCUCCUCCAAGGGGUAGACAGGUACUAACUAAAAAGUCAAAGACUGCCAUACCUGGACACUAGAGUCCGUCAUGGCUCCCUAAAUAGGAAAGCCCAGAGAAGACCUUCACAUGAUUCUGGGCGAGGAGUCCACUGCCUGCACGGGAAGAGGGACCUGGCCAUGCAGCCUGAGCCACACUAGGCUGAACUUCCCUCCGAGUGUGAGAAAAACAAGAGGACCCUGGUGUUCCCGGCUUGCCCACUACACCCAGCUUCUUGUCUCAAUGAACUGCUGAGAUGCUAGCUGCCUCUCCCUUCCAGGAGGGCUGGGCCUUCAGUCUGGCCAGAAGAGAAGGCUGUUGGGAACGGUCAGAAUGUAAAACCAACACACAGUCUGGCUUUUUUCAGGAUGGUCAUUGUUAUAUGAAAUAAAAAGAUCGUGUAUUUCUGGUGUA